AAAAGAACAACAAAAGCAUCCGAGAACCCGUCCAUACUGUGGCAACCUGAAUUGGUUGUCACCCGCGUUAUUGUGGGUUUGGAAUCAUUGGUGUGGUAUUCGUGAGUAAUGACCCUUUCAAUUAUUAUUACUCAGUCGGCGGAAAGAACGGAGAUAGAAGUGUUCUACGGGCAUUCGAUAUUCCAUAUUCCUGAGACCGAACAGCGAAGAGUGUGCUCGUCAGCAGAAGGAUCACUGAAAUUUUGUUAUCACAGGUAUUACCGAAAAUGCGACGAAAGUUCCCCCCGAGAAAUCUGAAGUUGACGGUUGUUGGGGACAAAGGUGUUGGGAAAACCUCGUUAUUGAAGACGUAUUCUCAUGGAAUAUUUCCUAAUGGCGAAUACGUCUCUACUGUCUUUCCAUACCUUUCGGAUGAAGAUUAUGUGUACAGCAAGCCAAUCAACUAUUCAGGUGCUCCAGUGCUCUUAGCCAUGUGGGACCGAGUUUAUAAUCAGAAGGAAGAUGACCUCAUACGGUCGCUUCAGUACGACCAGACUGAUAUAUUCCUACUGUGCUUCAAUGUAACAGAUAAACCAAGUUUCAUGAACGCAGCUGCCUUGUGGAGGGCUGAAAUACAAAAACAUUGUCCAAAAACUCCAUUCAUUCUCCUCGGUCUCAAGAAGGACGCCCGUUGUGGUAGGUCACACCACAAACAAGAAAUCAUCACGCGAAGCAUGGGAAAAGACAUGGCUGAAAAAAUUGGAGCCGUUGCUUACAUGGAAUGCUCCGCGAAACGGAAAGAUGGCGUCAAAGAGGUUUUUGCCGUGGCAGUGCAAACUGCAAUGAAAAGUCCUCCUCCGAAGCCGAAAAAGAAAAAUUCUGGAAUGUUUGGUUCUCGGCUUCUAAGGUUCAUCAAACUGUUAUAGAACUGGACGUUCUUUCUUACGGAACCGUAAUCUAAUUUAUGAGAAUAUUCGCCACAUGGUGAAAUUUUGACAUCCCUUAGAAAAUGGAUCUGAUUCCUUCCAGUAUGCGAACCAGCACAAAAUGGAAGCUACAAAUGUGAUAUUAUUGGAGAUGCUACUAUGACUAUGGUGUUGCAACGGACCAAAAAUCGUUUAUUUUCCAAGGCACCUUCGGAUUGAGGUCGUUUCUGAGAACAUUCAAUCAAUGAUGCCAUCAUCUUGGUUUCAGACAAUGAAUUGUGGUUCUGAACAUUAUUAAGUCGAUGUGAGGAGUGAUUCAUUACGUGAGCAUAAGGAAUCAAACAAUUGAAUAAAUAGGGUGCACGAUGGUAAUCCUAGAAUAAAAAUGCAAUUGCUGGAGUUGAGUGUGCAUCAGGUAGACAGCAAAGCAGACAAGAAUUGGUUGAAAGGCAGUGAAACUUCAUUAAUUAAAAGUAAUUAAAAGCCACAACUGAGAAAAGGGGGAAAAAGCUGCGAUUGGUCCUCGCACCUCGGCUUCACAAUUGAAUUAAACUGUUUCAUUGAACUCGCACUUUAUCUGCACUUUUUGCUGAUUGA